CCUAGGCAUCGUGGACAAGAUGAGGCACGGCAUCGAGAAGCCUUUCGGCGGGAUGUCCUGGGCUUACCCAGCGCCAUCAAUGUGUGGCUUUUUGCGCAACUGGAAGGAAACGCAACAGCCCCUCAAGUCUUGACUACCAACGCAUCCGUCUUUGGUGAUGUCUUGAACAUUGACUAUGUUGAGUGCUCUGUUCGUUCGAUCUGGCAGCCUGGUGCCAUUUACAGACCUUUUCAUGAACCAUCCAUCUAUUCCCUCACUCUCGCUGUUCACCUACCGACUCCAACUAGUGUGAGGCUUCUCCCACACAUCACAAGCCCUCCCAUCAUCCUGGAUACCUACACUGGUGAAGAUUAUGAGAUCGAAGCCCCCGACUGGGUUUCACACCUCGAUUCCACUCUGCGUCACUUCUGGCAGCCCCACGCCCACAUCGUGGAACUGGUGGCGAGUCUCUCGCUUACCGCUGACAAUGUUCAUGGUGCUCGUCACCUUGUCCGAUGGUGCACGGCACUGUCAGUAUGUAGCCUACCUCAUUUUAUUCUAUUCUAUUUGCUAAUCUACUAUUAG